AUGGGUCGAGUUAUCCGUAACCAGCGAAAAGGCCGCGGGAGCAUUUUCACCGCUCACACUCGCCUCAACAAGGCCCCGGCCAAGUUCCGAACUCUCGACUUCAGUGAAAGACAUGGAUAUGUUCGAGGUAUCGUAAAGGACAUCAUCCACGACCCCGGUCGAGGCGCACCACUCGCCAAGGUAGAAUUCCGCGAUCCUUACAGCUUCAAGAAGCGAGCCGAGACAUUCAUCGCAAACGAAGGCCUCUACACUGGACAGUUCAUCUACGCCGGCAAGAACGCUUCUCUGAGCAUUGGUAAUGUCCUGCCCCUGGGUCAGGUCCCUGAGGGUACGGUUGUCUCCAAUGUUGAGGAGAAGGUAGGUGACCGUGGUGCUCUGGGACGAACUUCUGGCAACUAUGUUACUGUUAUCGGACACAACCCUGACGAGGGCAAGACCCGAGUCAAGCUGCCCAGUGGUGCGAAGAAGGUCAUUCUCAGCUCGGCUAGAGGCAUGAUCGGUAUCGUUGCAGGCGGUGGACGAACAGACAAGCCAAUGCUGAAGGCAUCCCGUGCGAAGCACAAGUUCGCCGUCAAGCGAAAUUCCUGGCCCAAGACUCGUGGUGUUGCUAUGAACCCUGUCGACCAUCCUCACGGUGGUGGUAACCAUCAACACAUCGGUAAAGCCUCAACCAUCUCCAGAUACGCUGCACAAGGUCAAAAGGCUGGUCUCAUUGCCGCCCGAAGAACUGGUCUGCUCCGUGGUACCCAGAAGACCAAGGACUAG